AUGGCCUUCGUUACGAGGUUGUACCCUAUCGGCGUGACCAUUUUCUCCAUCCAGCAAAGAAUCUCGGGGAACGUGCUCCAAACCAAAAUGGACGUGGACGUGGAAGUGGACGUGGACGUGGACCCGGACCCGGACGUGGAAGUGGAUGUGGAUCUGGACGUGGAAGUGGACGUGGGGAAUAGCUCGCUAGAAUACGAACGCGAUCCUGCGAGGCUUCGAGGGAAUCACGCCCAGAGAGAAGACGAGACGCUUCGAUCGGUGUUCCGAGGCGAUGCCAGCGCGUCCAUCGACGCGCUCAUGGCGAAGGCGCUGAUCGGGUACGACGAGGCGGCGGACGGCUCCGUCAGGCUCGCUUGGGAUCUUGCCCAGAGGAAGUUUGAGUGCUGCGGCGUGAAUAGCCCUGAAGACUGGCUCUCCAACGCAAAUCUUCAGGAUCGAUUCCCGCGAAGUUGCUGUCGGCCGAAUCGAGAAAAUUGUGACACCAACAACACGUGGAGGGAAGGAUGCAGAAAGAAAUUGGAGACGUAUUUCAAGACGCUUGACGAUGUUCCGGCAGAUAUCAGAAUCGUCGACACUUCCCUUCCGAAUGAUACAUUUCGAGAGGUGUUCAAGGUAAGUGCUAAUGAAUCCGUCGAGAAGAUCAUGAUGAUGGCCCUGCUCGAGUACGAUGAAACGACGAACGAUUCCGCCAGGCUCGCCUGGGAUGAAGUCCAAAACAAGGAUGAGAUAAUUCGAGAGGUUUUCCAGCCCAAGGAUGAGGAUUCCAUUGAGACGCUCAUGAUUACAGCUCUGCUUGACUAUGAUGAAACGUCGAACGAUACCGCCAGACUUGCCUGGGAUCAUGCUCAGAGGAAAUUUGAGUGUUGUGGCGUGGAGAGUUCAGAAGACUGGCUGUCCAACGCAAAUCUUCAGGGUCGAUAUCCACGAAGUUGCUGUCGGCAGGAUCAGGAAGAUGAAGACACGUUUCGAGAGGUGUUCCAACCCAAUGCUGAUGAGUCCAUUGAAACGGUUAUGGUGAAAGCUUUGCUCCAAUACGAUGAAACGACAAAAAUCUCAAUUAAGAUUGCCUGGGAUGAUGCACAAAGGAAGUUUGAGUGUUGUGGCGUGGAGAGUCCAGAAGACUGGCUGUACAAUGCAAAUCUUCAGGGUCAAUACCCACGAAGUUGCUGUCGGGUGAAUCGUGAAAGAGAUGAUGAGACACUUCGAGAGGUGUUCCAAGGCAAUGCUAACGAGUCCAUUGAUACCCUUAUGAUAAAAACUCUGCUUGAGUAUGAUGAAACGACAAAUGAUAAUGUCAGGCUUGCAUGGGAUAAAGCACAAAGGAAGGAUGAGAUAAUUCGUGGGGUGUUCCAACCCAAGGAUAUUGAAUCCAUUGUUACGCUCAUGAUAACUGCUCUGCUUGACUACGAUGAAACGUCGAACGAUUCCGUCAGACUUGCCUGGGAUCACGCUCAAAUGAAGUUUGAGUGUUGUGGUGUGGAGAGUUCAGAAGACUGGCUGUCCAAUGCAAACCUUCAGGGUCGAUAUCCGCGAAGUUGCUGUCGGCAGGAUCAGGACGAUUUUGAGUGUUGUGGCGUGGAGAGUCCAGAAGACUGGCUGUACAAUGCGAAUCUUCAGGGUCAAUACCCACGAAGUUGCUGUCGGGUGAAUCGUGAAAGAGAUGACGAGACACUUCGAGAGGUGUUCAAAGGUAAUGCUAACGAGUCCAUUGAUACACUCAUGAUAAAAACUCUGCUCCAGUACGAUGAAACGACAAAUGAUAAUGUCAGGCUUGCAUGGGAUAAAGCACAAAGGAAGGAUGAUAUAUUUCGAGAGGUGUUCCAAGCCAAGGACAAUGACUCCAUCGUUACAGUCAUGAUGAAGGCUCUACUCGAGUACGAUGGAAAGAAGAACGAUCCCGUUAGACUAGCUUGGGAUCGUGCUCAAGUUAAGUUAAAAUGUUGCGGCGUCGAGAGUCCAGAAGACUGGCUGUCCAAUUUAAAUCUUCGAAGCGAUUACCCACGAAGUUGCUGUCGGCAGGAUCAGGAAGAUGAAGACACAUUUCGAGAGGUGUUCCAACCCAAUGCUAAUGAGUCCAUUGAUACGGUUAUGGUAAAAGCUUUGCUCCAAUACAAUGAAAAGACAAAUACCUCAAUUAAGCUUGCCUGGGAUAGUGCACAAAGGAAGUUUGAGUGCUGCGGCGUGGAAAGUCCUGACGACUGGCUGUACAAUGUAAAUCUUCACUGUAGAUUCCCACGAAGUUGCUGUCGGGUGAAUCAUGUAAGAGAUGAUGAGAUACUUCGAGAGGUGUUCCAAGGCAAUGCUAACGAGUCCAUUGACACACUCAUGAUAAAAACUCUGCUAACGUACAAGGAAUUGGCAAACGAUAAGGUCAGGCUUGCCUGGGAUGAAGCACAAAGGACGGACGAGAUAUAUCGUGAGGUGUUCCAAGCCAAAGAUAAUGAGUCCAUCGUUACGGUCAUGAUGAAGGCUCUGCUCGAGUACGAUGGAACGAAGAACGAUCCCAUUAGACUCGCUUGGGAUCAGGCUCAAAUUAAGGUGCAAGAAUAA